AUGAGUGAUAAAUAUAAAAAAAAUAAUCACAACUUACUUAAUGAAACUGAAGAAAUAGCAAAUGAAACAGAAAUUAACUUAGAAAGUUUCUUCGAAGAGAUUUAUCGUUUCAAAAUAAGAAUAGAUCAAAAUUCUGCAAUAGAUAAUACUAAAGAAGAGAAAGUUCAAUAUAAAAGGACCAUCUGUUGUCAUCAUUCUGGUCAAUAUUAUCUAGCAAAUAAAGCAAAACUUGGAAAUAUAGUUAGGCAGGGCUGUUAA